AUGUCUUCAUUCGACCCACCUGUAGGUAUUGCUGGGGAGACUCCCGUCAACGUGUCACAGAACUUCGAUUGCCAGAAUGUAACCAUGGCAGACUCCGCAAAGCAAGGCGAAAGCAGAACCCCGCAAGACCGCCACUCGGCACCCGCACUCAAAAGAAAGAGAGGUCUCGGCCACGACGCCGUCUACGAAAACCAGGAGCAGGGGCGAAUCGAGCGGCUGCCAUUCGAAGGGGGCUUGCUCAGCCAACAAGCCCACAGUCAAGUUUGCUUCAAGAACAAUGGUCCAAACCACAAGGAUCGCCUUGAGCUCAUGGGCCGCGGCAACUCUGCGGUUAACUGGAUUGCUCCAGACAGCCAGAUCAAGAAACCUGGGCAUCAGCUUAUGGCAAAGAUUGCUCUAGAUGAUGACAGCUUUGAGGCUUUCAAAAAGUCCAUUCAAAGAGAGGCUCGCGGCGCCGGCGGAGUCUUGGCCAAUAUUUGGGUUCAGAUCCACGAGCCGCCGACCAACGAGGAAGAGACGCACAAUGCCGGUAACGAACAGUCAAAUGCGGCCGAUCUUGCCAACGAAGUGUCAUCUGCGCCCGUUGUCACGCAGGAAAUGCCGGUCCAAGGCGGUUCUCGCUCGUUGAGUAGUGGCCCAUCUGGUCCGUUCCAAUUCGGCCUUCCUUCGUCGUUCAUUGACACUCGAUCCCCGGUGCCGCAGCAAAUGGCAGCAGUCAGUGCUGCGGUCGCGAUUGACCCCUUUGCCGAGUAG